AUGUUGCUGCGACAUAACCUGUCGCGUCGGGAAAUGGGUGUGGACCUUCUCAGCAUCGAUGGAAGCAAAGCAGUCCUUUGCCGAUGUGGGGAGGCGAAUGGCACCGCAAGCCUCCGCGACAUCAAACGGUUCCUGCGCACUGCUCGAUGGGUUUGCAAGGCCGAUGAGCUCGUGCUGGUCACGAGAUGGGGCACCAAGCUUAGCAGUGAAUCCAAGAAGUGGCUCAGACUAUACAAUGCCAAGCACGAGGUCAUCAGCAAAAGCGAGAUCCAGCGGCAAUCAGCUGCAGGUAACCCAGCACCAAGCUGCGAGGCCGAUGCUGCUGCAUCCAGAUCUCCGCCAUUGCGCCCUUGCCAGCAGGCCUGCCUGGAAGCAUGUGCGACGGGGGCUCGCGUGAUCCAGAUGGCUUGUGGCACUGGCAAGACGCGGGUUAUCCGGGAGUUGGCCCAGAACGUUUCCGGGAAGGUACUGGUCAUCGUGCCGUCGCGGUUGCUGCUGGAGCAGUUCGCUGCAGAGUUUCCAACUUUCUGCAAGGUCGGCACUGGCUACAACAAGAAUAUAAACAGAAGUGCUCUGGGCUUCAUUGCAGUGUCGGAUUCCGUCCAUCUACUGGAGAAGAUGGAUUUUGAAGCCGUCUUCGUGGAUGAAGCCCACCAUCCCCUACCACCAGGGAUGCCGAGGAGCGAGGAGCUAUUUCUCUAUAGAGGAUGGCUGACCGUGCCUUUUGCUUCAGGCGCCCACGCUUAUGCAGGCUUGGUACAUCUCCUGCUGCGGCAUCCAGGCCGCUUCAGGCGGGUACUUGCAUAUUGCAACACCAUCGCCGAAGCGAAGCUCGUGCAGCGCGCGUUUGAAGGAGUUGGAAUGGCAGCAUGGCAUAUCAACGCAGGCACAAACCGCAAGAAGCGGGAAGAGGUGAUACAGGCUUUCUCUGGAAGAAUGCAGAAGCCAGCCCACGUCCUUGUGACAGUACAAGUGUUGGGGGAGGGUGUGAACAUUCCCAACGCAGAUACAUGCAUGUUUGUGGAGCCACGAGAAAGCUACACCAGCAUUAUUCAGGCCGUGGGUCGUAUAUUGCGUCAGCACGCGGCCAAGCCACUAGCUCACAUCAUUCUGCCUGCAGUGACCAUGCCGGCAGAAGAACACACUCUUGCAGGAGGCUUGAAUGAAGUUGGACAAAUGAGUUUAUCCAGUGAUGUUGCUAACUGCGCUCAAGCGGACAGCUAUGGUCAGGCUUCCGAUGCACAUCCUCUCAAUCGGAGCUUGCUCGUCGGAUCCACGACAGCUUUUCAAAAGGCUUCACCCCUCAGUGAUACGGCUUUUGAGAAACCAUACCGCAUGAUAGAUUCGAGCUCGAAGUCGCAGCAUGUACAUCCGGUCAUCCACAAACUUGCUUCAGGAAGCUUCGAAGGAGCAUUUGCGAGAAAGUCAGAUUCAGAGGCGCCAGCAAAAGCUUCGCGGCAGGCCCUUCGGGGUAUCGGCGGAAAUGUGCUGCACUCACCAGAACAUGGCCCACACAACGAGAGCGCUGGAGAUGAGCACGAACAGAAUUUGACAACAUUGGAUGGCUCAGGAAGAUCUUCGGCAGGAGCACUCGCUCUUCCCAGAGCAUCGACGGCUUCACGAAGGCCGUCCCAUAGUUGGAAGGGCGGCGCGCAGGACCUUGCAGAACAGCGCAUAGAAAAUAUGCUGGCAGACACUCAAAGGCCAAAUUCUGCACGGCUGGGUGCUGGUUCCGACAAUAUCAGUGACAGUCUCGUCACGUCAUCUACCAUGGAAAGCGCCCUCGAAUCCCCAGAAGCUAUGCAACGAAGAGAAGCCGUCUCAGCAGCUCCGCUGAGACACCAUGUCGCGACUCACCAUCGAGUGAAGCUGUCAAGGAUCUCUGACGCUCAGAGAGACCAGUCUGGAUUUUCGCAACUUGAGCGUUUCUUGUCCGUUCUCGGUCGUGCUGAUAGCCGAUUGGCUGUUCCUCACUGGGGAAUGUUGCGGUCUCGAAUCUGCUUGUUGAAUUGUGGCUCUUCAGCUGGUUUUGACACUGCCACCGUGCAAAGCUGGUUUCGGCUGUUAGCACCCAUUCUUGCCAAUCCGGACCCUUUUGAGGCCAGAGUGCUGCAGUUGGAAGAUUUCGUGGAAAAACAUGGGAGGCUACCUUUUCCAGGUCGCCCGCCUCCGGAGAAGCAAUUAAGCAUUUGGCUGAAGAACACGGGUGCGCUUGGCAUUCUCCGCAGCCGUCCUGUGUCAGAUUUCGACGGCUUCGACCUUCGGAUGCUGUUCGACGCCGCACGACGGUGGUCGGAGUCGCAGUGGCUACAGGAGGACAAGGAUCUUCGACCUGGGUCCAUCCUGGCCAAAGAGGUGUCGGUUGCCGAAGAGGGCGUCCUCACCUUCGGCUUGACACUGAAGGAGAUCUUGGAAGGCUGGAGCUUGCUCUUCAGCUUCGCACCGGCGGCAGAGGGUGGCGCAGCAGAUGGGAAGCUGCUGCCUUCUCUCUAUGUGGCGAGGGACGGCCGCCUCUCUGCAAGCUUCGCAGACAGCAAGGAGAAUCUGUGCCGGCAAACGUUUUUGGCUCAGCUCGUGUCGCAUCGGGUGUCCAGCCAGGAGAACGGAGACAUGGCGGACGUGGAUUUGGAAAGUGGGUCCUCGCAGACCAGCUCGACUUGCACAUCAGAACACUGUGGCUCCGUUGUCAUGGUCCGCGCGAUCGACACUUGGUUGCGGUAG